AAGGAAAGAUAGAGAAAUUAAGACUGUAUAUCUAUACUGAAGACACUUUAGAGAAAAGAUGCAGAAAAUCGUUAUCAUCCUUUUAGCUGGGGCUAUUGUGAGUUGCUAUGCAGCUAUUGAUGAAACACAGUGCUAUGAAACUCCCAAGGGAACCUUGUAUCGUCUCUACAGGAACUGCCGUAAAGCCUCUGAGAGUCGUUUAACAAAGUGCACAAAUGUUUUUGAUCGUUAUUGCUCUAACGUUCAGUAUGCAUUUGUUGGUAAGCUUAGUACCUCAACCACUGGAGUCAUGAGAGAAAUAAAAGAGGAUACAAAUGAGGUCUCUUUCUCCUGUAUUAAGGCCACGUCUAAGGUUGAAGUUGAAAUGAGCUCACUUCAUAGCGAAGUUCGUGGUUGUGAUGAUCUUGAAAAACUUCAGUCAGGGGAUUGCUUGCUGGCAAUCCACAGAUACUGCCAGAAUAUGAAUGGUCGCUCCUCUUCUGGUUUCGCAUAUAGUGAUUCAGCCACUCAUGCUAAAAUUGCCUGCUUUGAUGCAGUGAAACAAAAACGAGUUGCAGUAAAUAGUUUGGUUUUACAUAAUUCCAAAUGCGACGAUCCAAGCAAAAGUGCAAGCUCUGAUUGCUUCAAUGCUGCUUGCAAAUGGUGCGAAGCUAAAGGACAUGAUGGUGGUAUGACACAGGGCAGUGAAGACAAUGAGAUUAUUGUUUCGUGUUAUGAUGACUACUUUCACACUACAGCUACAAUUAAGAAUCGAGUUGCCUCAACGAGUGAUUAUUAUUAUCGUCAAUACCUUGCUGCUAAGAAGAAAUGGGAACAAGCAAAGCAAGAGGAAGAGCCUCAGGAGUGGAAUGAUCCCAUGAAUAAUUCUGAUGAAUUUCAAUUCACUGAUCAUGCUUUUGAAGAAUAAAGACUGAUUUCAAUACAGGGACUUUUUGUAGUGACUGAAUAGUUUUGUAUCCUUUAGUUUGAAUUGUAGCUUAGUUAUAGAUUAAUUUGUGAUGCUAAUUA